AUUCCGUUGUUUGCAUCGUGCGUGUCUGAGAGGUUGCCCGAUCGAAUUCGUCGACGAUUCGAAAAAUGGCCAGCAACGCUCCGAAGAGAAGCAGGCAGGACAUGCCCACCGUGCGCGAUUUUAUUUCACAAACUAUCGAAAAGCUGGGACGCUCUCUGAGGAUAAUGCAGGAUUGUCUUUCGGAUGUGACCACCUUCCGGAAUCCGCAUGUGUUCGCCAGUACCUACUGUGGCGCAUGGCAUACGAUCGCGAGCAUGCAAACGUUUAAUUUCUUCCUCAGCUUCAUGAUGAUACAUCUCGACAACAAUCCCGGGUUUCUAAACGAUCGGAUCGAUCCGACGGCCGCGGAUGCACAGGACGGUACCGCCCCAGCGUUGCCGAGCUCGUUCGACACGGAAAGAAAGAGAGUCGAUGCUCUCAUGGAAACUUACGAGGAAAUGUCGCAGCUUAUGAGGAGGAUCAAUUUCGUGCUAGCCCAGGUCAAUCGUGAUCAAGCGGCAUCGAAUGUGUCCUCUACCUCAUCCUGAGGUCGCAGAUCCUAAGACAGCCGUGAUCAGUAGCUUGAGGUCCCGAUAUCGAGCAUCAUAGUUUGACUUCACUUACGACGCGACGUUCCGAAUUUGAGCUCCUAGAUAUUCUCAGAGAUGGAAGUUCUAGCCCAUAACUAGGCUGAACCGGAUAAGGAAAAAUUGACAUUGUGAUUGAUAUGCAAGAGAACGCAUAUCUGUGAAGAAAAUAUAUUGUAAUAAUAGACGAAUUUAUUGAAUG